UCUGGUGGGAUAGGCUAAAGGAGACUAUGGUCAAAAGCAGUUCAUGUUGGAAGUAGGCUUUUGACUUGCGUAGCAAUGUCCAUAGAGGAGCACAUCGUGCUGAGGUCAAAAGAGCAAAGACUGUAUUCCUGAAUACCAGGGAACUGAAUCCCAUUAUCCGUUGGACUUGGGUGGCAUCCAAAACAUUAUCACUAUGAAGCGCCUAAGCCUUAAAAGAAGGCCCAGAGGGGUUCUCAACGAUGUGGAAAAGACACAGAGUGGUUCUUCAUGUGGCCCGGUGCAUUCUGCCGAGUCCCUGUCAUUGCCUGGCAAUGAUGGCACGAGAUUACUGGGCAUGUCUUCUUCGGCCAAAGGUCGACCUCCGUUACCUCCGCCACAUAGUUCCUUACUGGAUGACAGGCGUUCCAAGGGUGGAGGUCCGGGCAACUCUCAGAGACACGCAGAACCAAAACCUCAACAAACUGAGAGAAACGCAGCUUCACAAAUACCAAGCCCUGGCGUAGAACAGACAGUCUUGGAGACUCAUAAAAACAUAAGCCAAUCUCCACCUCAACCCCUUCCCCGUCGUCGACUAGCUAGUUUUGGAGGCAUAAGCCCUUCUGGGUCACACUCACCCUUCACAGGCCUGGGUGCAUAUAAUCAGAACAACAAUGGCAACAAGCCUGAUGAUGACAUGAGUGCCCACCUUACCUCAUCCCUCGGAAGUAGAGGCAGCACCGGGUGCUUGACGUUGAGCCCACAGAGUUCUGGCAGAAAUACUCCAGUUACAAGCCUUGGGUCUAUGCACCUACAACAUGUCCGUGAUCAGAUGGUGGUGGCUCUAAAAAAGCUAAAGGAGUUGGAGGAGCAGGUGAAAAUCAUUCCUAUUCUUCAAGUCAAAAUAUCUGUCCUUCAGGAAGAAAAGAGGCAGCUGGUCUCUCAGCUGAGUGACAGCAAGAGUUUAAACGACAUGACCUGGAAAACAUGUCUUGGAGAAGAUGGGAUUGACUUUGAGAAUAAACGGCAUACUGAAACAGAGUCCGAAGGCACCAAUGAAAAGGUUUAUACUGACUUUAGAGAGUUCAGGGAACUCACUGAAGAGAUGCAGGCUUUGGAAAGAACCAUCAAAGGAGGACAUAUGCUUUCAUGGCAAGAAAAAGGGCAUAGUCUAUUGCACAAAAAUACUACUAACUCUAUUGGCAUUAAAACUGACAUUGAUAUGAAAAUGGCUUCAUCUAAAACCUCAAAAGAAAACAAAUCUGUGCACACAGACCAAGUAGAAACCAGAUCCAUUGCAACAGAAGUGACUGAAGUCAGUCUUGGAAUUCACACAAAACAUGAAGCAGAGCUUGAAGCCCAGCAACUACUAAAUGCUGCCUUAAAGGAGAGGAUUUCCCAGUUAGAAACCGAGUUAAGAGAAUCAGCUCUUCAGACAGAGUUGACCCGUCUAAAACUGGAACUUCAGGCAGCAGGAGCCAGGAACCGUGUUGACAAGUCCUGCUUUGCUAAGCCGCACACCGCAAGUGUAGGCACAACAGCAAGACCGUUCACUCAAAGUCAGGGAGUUGGCAAUCACAAAGAGUUUCAAGAUGCCAGCACCGGUGAAGCAACAGAAACAAAAACUGUGGGGGUAUCUUGCAAGCCUAAAAUGACGGAUAUUUGUACAGGCCUGGAUGUUCCCAUGAGCCACUGGGAGAUUAGGGAGAGAGUGGAGACCAGUGAAAAAGCCAUUGGGAUACAAGUUUCCACAAGCACAGUGGGAGUUGGGACAGACAUAAAGCUAUCUGAUGCCGAAAGCAACACAGAGCUACCACUAGAAAAGCUAGUGUUUCAGAAAGAAAAAGUGAAGUGUCAUUCUGUGGCUUGUGGGGCCUACUCUGUUGACUUGACUAUUUGCGAGUCAAAGGAAAUGACUUCCCAAGGUAUUACCACAGAUUCAAUCAGAAGAGUCGAUCAGGGAAUACUGGCAUCGCCCCAAACGGCUUCCCAGCGUACCAAUACAGUAUCCAGUUCAGUGUCUCGCUUCACCAACACCAGUCAAACCUUCAGCAAUGACUCCAGCACAAACACACUUCUUCUCAGCAAGCAUGACAAGCACACCAACACCAGCCACACAUUCACUCGGACCAUAUCAGUUGGCAGUGGGGUUGGAGGGAUUAUUUGCACAACGGAAACCCGCACAGUUGGUGUAAAUACAGCAAAUUCAGAGUGUUAUUCAAAACUACCACCAGACACAGUGAACAAGGCAACCCGAGACUGUGGUGUUGGGUUAACAAACAUUUAUGAUAAUUUCCUUGUGGGACUAAAAACACGCAACAUGGCCUCCGGACCAUCUCACAUUCCUGACCCUAUCAAGACAAGGAGCAUAGGUGUAGGCGACGGUAGGAUACGGGAUUUUUCUACGUCAUCUUGCGCACCUAAGCCAAAGUCCCAGCAGUUUUCACAAUUUCAGUGGGAUCACGAACUGAACCAUUACAUAGAGAAGAUGCACAGGCUCUUAAAGGAGAAUGGAGACCUUCUCACAGGGGACCAAAGUGACCAUUACCCCAGCUCCAAACCACUGAGCAAUUUCAAAAGUAUGACAGAAGGAGAGGCAGUUAUACAUCGAUUCACCUCUCAUCCAACAGAUUUGCUUUCCCCAUCUCAGCCUUUAAAUGUCUCCAAAGAACACCCAGAAGUCUCCCAACAAGAUGGUAAUGCAUCAGAGGUGAAGAAAAUGAUAAAAAUGUUAGAGCAACAAGCAGCCUCCGCAGUUCAAGACAGGUCAGCUAAUGCCUCUAAGCCGUGGUCUGCCAUGAAGAAACAGGGUACUGACCAGUGCCACAGCAGCAACAGGAAAAGCAUGAAAUUUAUGAAGGUGUCUGCAGGAUUGAAGCCGACAUCCGCUUUCGAGCACGAGGAAAGAGAAGGGAGAGGAAGCGACACCUUUGGAAAGGUUUCCCAAGAUGGAUGGCAAGCAAAAAAAGGAAAAGAUGGCUCCAACAAAGGAUCAAAAGGCAGUUUGAAAUUGCCUACACAACACAGAUGCAAUCUAAGUGAAAGGAUGUUUUCUGCGUGCCAAGAUUUAAAGAUGCACCUGAGCGAGAACCCGGCCACGUCCAGCAGAGAACUGGAUUGCCUGCGCUCGCUCCAGCAAGAGUGGUUCUCCGUUUCCAGCCAGAAGUCGGCCGCUCCUGACACAGUAGGGGAGUACUUGUCUGCGUUCCGGAUGAUUUCACCCUCAGUGUUGCAACACGUAGUCAACAUGGCUGAUGGCAAUGGAAACACAGCGCUACACUACAGCGUGUCUCACUCCAACUUUGGUGUGGUCAAGAAAUUGCUUGAUGCAGAGGUGUGCAACGUGAAUCAGCAGAACGCAGCGGGUUACACUCCCGUGAUGCUGGCUGCGCUCGCCGCCGUGGAGCGUCCUGACGACAUGAGGGUGGUGGAGCAGCUCUUCUCUACGGGAGACGUCAACGCCAAGGCCAUCCAGGCCGGUCAGACGGCUCUCAUGCUAGCUGUGAGCCACGGCAGGCUGGACAUGGUUCGGGCUCUCCUGGCGCAGGGGGCAGAGGUCAACAUCCAGGACGACGAGGGCUCCACGGCGCUGAUGUGCGCCAGCGAGCACGGCCACGCCGACAUCGUCAAACUGCUGCUGGCGCAGCCCGACUGCGAUGCCACCCUGACUGACAGCGAUGACAGCUCGGCCCUGUCCGUUGCUUUAGAAGCUGGCCACAACGACAUUGCCGUCCUGCUUUACGCCCACGCCAACUUCUCCCGAUGCACAGUGGGAGCAGCUCGACACAGCGGCAGGUUUCCCUCGUCCUCAGGAGGAUGGAGCAUCUUUGAAACCUGAAGGGAUUUUCAUAAUUUUUACUCUUAAAGCCCCUAGCAACAAACCAACAGUGUUUUUUUUUCUAAUCUAUUGGCACAUUGAUAUAUAUAUUUUUUGACUGUGGAUAUUUGCACUACUUAUAAGCAUGGCAACGUAGUUAACAAUUUGUCACAAUAGAUUAGAUCAGUUUCAAUCAAUAUGAUUAAGUAUUUGUAUUUUCUUUUUAGAAAAUAUUUACUUUAACAUAAUGCAACUUUUAUCGGAUGGCAUGAAAUUAUUUAAAGCAUUUGUUAUCACAUACUAAAAUUAGCAUCUUUUCCUAUUCUCAUAUUAUUUAAACAUGAUACCAGAGCCACAUGAUUAUAAGUUAUACAUUUGUUGUUGUUGUUUAAAAUGUAAUUUUGUGUUUCAUUUGUUAUAUUAUUAAAUCUAUAACACGAAUUUUGGAAAGCAGAAGGCUGUGCUUUUGUUCUGUUUUUGUUUUGAAAAUGUGGCUGCAGGAACGGAUGAGCCGUCUCCUUGUUCUUUUUUCUUGCAUAAUUAAUUAUGUUCGAUUUCUGCCGCUUAUUGAUGUCUCAAGUUUUUCUUUUUGUCUUUUACUAAACCAUCUACUUUUAUUUUGUUUGUUUGUUUGACAUGGUUCCUAGCACGUUGUUUUCAGUGGAAUGUUGUGUGACGGACCACCACAAAGGAACAGGGGGGAAAAAAUCCCCCAAUGUUCAAAGAUUGGAUGGAACAUCAACUUUUAAGUCAUGCCAAAAGUUACUAAUGGAAUUUAAAUCUGGACUUUGACUAGGCCAUUUAAACAUGUGCUCUGAGUAUUCCACCACUUUGUAGCUUUUUUUGUGUGUGUUGACUUUGACAAACUUCCUUAUCUCUUCUGAAUGAAAUUAUCCCAACAGCUUGAUGUUACUAUCCCGUUUUUUUGUUUUUUUUUGCCAGGAGGGACGGUGUUUUCAGGGCGGUCAGGUUAUGAACACUUUUGGGAACUGCACUGUAAAUUCUGCCAGGCCAUUUUAAACACAGACGGUGUGAGACCUUCAGCAGGCGAUCCCACGACUCUCAACAGUUAUCGUCCCAGACGCCAUGUUCACACACUUCUCACCACCUAAUCUCUCCGUUCCCACAAUCCCGCCCACAGAUAGCGGGAAUUGUCCUUUUGGACUUAUUCACGCCUCGGUCUUUUUUAGUCUCCUUGAGAGCUUUUACAGACAAUUUCAUAUGGUUGAUGCAACGGGGCGUUUUCAUUUUUCCAACCUCCUCGGAGAACAGCUCUGCCUGACUGGGUUUGAGACCUGACACUGCGAAUCCCAGCGCAGAGAGCUGAUCAAAAUACUCCAGUCACCAUCAAUGCUUGUGUGACACCUUGUUAAAACUGAAUUUUACAUUUCAGUAACUUCUGCAUCAUUCAUGAUUGUUUUUUUAGGGGGGAGCACAAGCUGUACCCUAGAGUUCUUUGUAUUUUAAUGAGUGUCCCACAUUAGAUGCAGUAUUUAUACGUGUGACUAUUGGUGAAUAAAUAUGAGUCAGAAUAAUCAUGGAAGGACUUGCGUCCUUGCGCUAAACGGCGUCUUUCUUCAUCAACGCACUGAGCUUCUGUCCGGACG